AUGCUGUCCACUCUCUUGUCCCUCGCGGCUUUGCCGCUUGCGACUUACGGUCUCCUCGAUCUCCCGAUGGACAACCGCAUGGUCCAACAGCCUGGUCUCAUCCGAUACCCCAUUAGCGUUUCCAAGGGCGCCGAGUCCAAGAACAGGGUCGUUCGCCGCCAGAACGACGUCGGCCUGAAGGCACAGAAGACUGGCUUCUUCUACACCAUCGAGAUCCAGAUUGGCACGCCGCCCCAGCCCGUGAGCGUCAACUUCGACACCGGGUCCAGCGAGCUCUGGGUGAACCCCGUGUGCAGCAAGUCUACGGACCCCAAGUUCUGCGAGUCGUUUGGCCGGUUCAAUGGCUCCCAGACUUACACCGACCUGCACCGCAAUGGCAGCAUCAGGUACGGCACUGGGCGUGCCGACCUUGAGUAUGGCUACGACUACAUUCAGAUCGGCUCUGCCAAGAUUAGCCAGCAAAUGUUCGGUGUCGCUUACGACUCCGACUUUGCUGUCACUGGUAUCCUCGGUGCUGGUCCGAGCCUGAACGGCUGGGACAGCGCGUACCCUUAUGUCAUUGACAACUUGGCCACGCAAGGUUUCACCAACAGCCGUGCAUUCUCCCUGGACAUUCGCUCGAUCGAGAGCAACCGCGGCUCCGUUGUGUUUGGCGGAAUCGACACCAAGAAGUUCUCCGGCCACCUCGAGAAGCGUCCCAUCAUUCCGGCGGCCCAGUCUCCCGACGGCCAGACCCGUUACUGGGUCUAUCUCGAUGGCAUUACCGUCUCCAAGCCCGAUGGCACCAACGUCACGGUCUUCGACAAGCCCAACAGCCAGCCUGUGCUCCUCGACAGCGGCUACACCGUCAGCGCCCUGCCCAAGGAAAUCUUCAACGAGAUCCUGAAGGCCUUCCCCGAGGCUACACCCCCUCAGUCUGGCUCCGACCUGUACCAGGUGCCUUGCGACAUCGGCAAAUCCAAGGGCCACGUCAACUUCAAGUUUGGCGAGACCCUUAUCAACGUUCCUUACAAUGACUUCAUCUGGCAGCAGCCUCAGAACAACCUCUGCGUCCUGGGCGUCACUACUGAUGGUGGCUUCCCUGUCCUUGGCGAUACCUUCCUGCGCGCCGCCUACGUCGUCUACGACUGGGACAACCGCAACAUCCACCUUGCCAACAACGAGGACUGCGGCUCCAAGCUCGUCGCCAUCGGUAAGGGACCAAAUGCCGUCCCCUCUCUUGAGGGCGAGUGCGGCAAGCCCGUGACCACGACCACGACUGCUUCGUCCAGCACCGUCCCUCCCACAACCAGCUCCUCUAAGCCCACCAUCACGAGCGUCACGAACUCGACCACUGCUGUUCCCACGACCACGCCCAAGACCUCGACUCACGCCACGGUCUCGCACACUCACGGCCACAACAGCACCGUCACCAGCAAGCCCUCGCACCCGUCCAGCUCCAAGCCGUUCCCGACCGUGACUUGGCACAACACGACGGCUCCUCCUACUUACACUUCUACCUACACGUCCACCAACACGUACACCGUGACUUCUUGCCCGCCCUACGUGACUGGAUGCCCCAUUGGCUCCGUCACCACGGAGACUAUCACUGGCACGACCACCUGGUGCCCCGGCCAGAGCAGCAGCUCCGCUCUGCCCCCGACCACGACUGCUCCUCCGUCGCCCAGCAUCACGUCCAUCUUCACCACCACCAAGACGCACACCAUCACCGACUGCCCCGGCGAAGGACCCUGCACCAAGGGCCAGGUCACUACCGAGGUCCUCACCAAGACCACCUACCUGUGCCCCGAGUCCACCGCCACCUGGACCAUCCCCCGCACGCACACCUGCGGCGAGGGCGAGAGCGGCUGCAAGCCUGGUGAGACGAUCGUUACGAGCCACGUCGUCACCAUCGUCCCCAUCACGCCCGGACCCAAGCCCACGCCUGUCCCUGGCUGCGACAACUGCGUCAUGCCGACCCCGGUGCCUACGGUGCCCGCCGAGACGACGCCUGUCGCGACGUCGCCCGCGCAGACGCAGCCCCCCGCCGAGACGACUCCUGCCGAGUCGUCUCCUGUCCAGCCUCCCGUGCCCACGAACACCGUCCCGGGCACCAUCAGCACCGUGACAAGGCCGACCACGGGUGCGCCCGGCUCCGUGACUUCGGCACCGCCGUCCGUCACCGCCGGCGCCGCUGAGUGGCGCGUGCCCGGCGUUGCGGCCGUUGCCAUGGGUGCUCUGGCCGUCGCCGCCUUCUAA